AUGUUGGACUACAGUGGUCGAAAGGACGGUAUUUUUGCUCAGGAGAACUUGUGGGACUUGAUAUACAAAGCCCCUAACCCUAGGUCAUCCCACAACUACUUUGUUCAUGUAUCCCAAGUGGACGAUGUUUCUCGCACGUGGCAAAAUUUACGUAAGAACAAGAAACGCCAGAUGUCCUAUGUGCAAGAACAAGAGAGACACGUCAAAGAAGUCGAUGAAUUCUUGUUCAAGCACGGAAGACUAUGUCGCCGUUGGAAAGAAGAGAAGGCAGACGACAGAUUACUGGAGCUGGAUGAGAUAAGAAAGGAGCGUAUUAAGGCGUCAGAUUGUGACAAAGCUAAAGGAAUUGGGCUGGGGAUCCCAUAUUGCUCGCGUCAAGGAUCUGAAGUCUUUCGCAAGAUGCGCACACGUGUUGCAUACGAGUUCGUACAUCCGCUCAUGCUUCCUGUAGAAUGGACAAAGAUCAAGGGAGAUAUGAUUGCGCUCAUGAGCAAGCAGAAUUCUAUGCUUCUGGAAUUGGACCUCAAGGACCUCCUUCUGGCUCGUCUCAAGCUCCUCGAGCGCUUCGUGUCCGCAUACUACCUUGAGUCGCCGCGAACACCGGCAAAGGAGCGCAUGCCCCGGUUUGCGGACAUAGCUUACUUGCCACAAUUUCGUCGGAUAAUGGAGGCCCCCAGUGCAAGCACAGGUACAGACCCGCUGGAACUCGCUGUCGUGAUGUUUGAAUGCUCCCAAUGCAGCAGCGUUCUCCAGUAUCCGAGCGUCCUCGGCCACGAGUGCAACGUUGCCGUCUUUGGGCCAGAAACGGAAAUAUACUUCAAGUUUGUGUGGGAUGUAAGUUACUCGCGGACAUUGCCCGUUGAGGCCUUCGAUGCCGUCGACAUCAGGAUCGCAUCGCAAAUCGUGCGUGCGUGCGGUAUGGACCCUGGGACGGCAACGCACGCCGAGAUGGAAACUUUAGAUCUACGGUUCUGCUGCCAGAUGGGCCCCGAGUUCUACGCUGGGGCACGGAUGGUGACGCGUUGGCGACAUGCGCUUACCUUAGCUCAUGAGGGCAAGAUAUGGCGUCUUGCCUCGGCGGAAGAAGAAGCGCAGGUAAAGGAACUCGAACGUUCCCGGGAUGAGGAAGCCGUUGAGUAUCAUGACCUGGGAGAAUACUGGUGCUGUGCAUACUGUGAUGACAUGUCCUACCGACUCGCUCGUCGGAGCGUCGUCAGAGCACACGUGCGUGACAGCCAUGGCAAGCCAGACCCUCGCGCGGAAGCGGGUGACUUCUACCUUCAUCCAGAGGGUGACUUGCAGGGGCAGAUCCCAGUCAUUUUGCUUGCCGAAGACCUUAAUCUGGAACCUAUCUGGGAUGACUCGAAGGAUCUGUUCGAGGAAAGGUAA